GCUUGUGGAAGAUGGCGGCGUUAUAUGUGUGUCGGUUUGCAAGAAGAGGCUGGCUGUGGAAGCUUCCCUUGGCUACACGUAGAGAAUUUUGGUCUCGAUCCAGGAAGGAGAAGGAGCUGGUGGUGGCUGAGACAGUGGAAGAAGUGAAAAAAGAACCUGUUUUGGUGUGUCCACCCUUACGAAGUCGAGCAUACACACCACCCAAUGAUCUCCAGAGUCGAGUGGAAUCUCAUAUGAAAGAAGUUCUUGGUUCUUCUCUUCCUAAUAAUUGGCAAGAUAUCUCCCUGGAUGAUGGACAUGUGAAGUUCAGACUCUUAGCAGGCUUAGCUGAUGACUUAGGCCAUGCAGUACCUAACUCCAGGCUUCACCAGAUGUGCAGAGUCAGAGAUGUUCUUGAUUUCUAUAAUGUUCCUGUUCAAGACAGAUCUAAAUUUGAUGAACUUGUUGCUAGUAAUUUACCCCCCAACUUGAAAAUCAGUUGGAGUUACUGAGCAGUCCAGUGAGAGAACACAUUGAGAUCAUUCUUAUUCUCCUCACUAGGGUGACUGACAAACUUUGUGAGAUGUUACCAUCAGAACUUGUCUGAAAACUUCCUUUUUGUAUACUUUUUUUCUCCUUGUAGAAGAUCCAUCUUUUUUUUUUUCUCAUGGAGAAUCAACAAAGAAAACAUUUUCACAUUUGCUAAAGCUAUUUUUCCCCAAUAAAAUCAAGUCUUGAUAAUUUAUGAAAAUGUUCUUAUUCUAAGGUAUAUUGUCAGGAUUGUUGAGAGGAACAGAAAUGAUAGCAUGAACACAUAUUUAAAGGGGAUUUAUUAUGUUAGCUUACAUUAGGAUCUGGGUACUCCAUCAAUGGCCAUUUCACACCAGAGAGGCUGAGAACCCGGCAGUUGCACCCUUCACAAGGCUGACUGUCUCAGCAGUACCAAGCUGUUGCUGAGGGCCUUGGGGAUUCUUUGAAAGGCUUACUUAUCUUCAGUUCAUGCUGGCCGCCUGAAGAAGCUGGUUCAAAUAUGAAUGAAGAGAUGUAGCAAUAGCAGGAACAAGAUAGAUGUACUUGUCAGUAGAAUGAAGGCAAGCAGGUGGAAAGCCAGACCUUCCUUCUGCAUGUGUUCUGCCCACUUUUACGGUGCACUUCCUUUUGAGAGAGAAUCUGAUUAAGAAAAUCCAUCAGUGGAAUGGCCAGCUACUUGUCUUUUGGUUGACUCCAGAUCAGCCAAGUUGACAACCAAGAUUAACCAUCACACAAACAUACUAAGUAACUUGGGUUUCAGAUAGGAGGCCAUUGCAAGUUCAGAUGUUUUGUUUGCCCUUCAUAUGGCUAAAGUAGUAGUUUCGAUAAAAUGUUCUAAUCUUAUUAAGGCUCAAAGAUACGGAGUUAUUACAUAUAUGUGUGUGUGUACAAGUAAGAAAAUGUAUAGUAAGAAUUUUGGUGUCUUUAAAAGCCACAGAAAUAUUGCAAGAUUGUUCUCCUUUUAAUCCCAGGUGUGGGAUAUGGGGCUGCUUUAGAUUGUCCACAGCAGCUGACUAUGAUUUGGCUUGUGGUCUAGCAGGGGCGUGAUUUUUCCAGUGGCAGAUAGUUUCUGUGAUUGUGUGAGGUUUGGAGUUCUGGGAAUUCUUCAAAGUAUGAAUGUUAGGGCCCUAAGAGGUGGUGAGCUAUUGAUUGUUUGCUGUUGGUUGCUGUUUGUUAAGCAGUCAUGAACAAAGAAGAAGCAAGAAGAAGAAAAUAGAUUUCCUGAUGCUUGCCCAUAGGAACUUGAUGCCCCUAAUUGGCAGAAAGUCUAAUAACAUUACCCCCUUUCCCCUCUGUCCUUUCUUUCUGUGCUGUCUAGGGGGUUGAAAGGGUAGAAGAAGAGAGGUAGAGAAGGGUGGAAGAAAAAGAACCCACAAAGUUGCCAAAAGACCAGCUACUGAACAAAAUGUAUUAGACGUUUGAAGGGAACAUGAACAUCUGGUACAUAUUAUAGAAAGUUCUACUCUGUUUUACUCCAUGAGUAAAGAUGGAAGAGAAGACACUGUUUUCUGGGUUCAUCUCUUGGGAUUUAAGCAAAUUUGUUAAAGGUAAUGACUUUCUUUCUGAAUGAAAUUCACUUUUAUGUAUCACUUUAUUAUUUCUUUAAAAUGAGUAUUAGAAAUAAAAAGAGUAUCUAGCAAUUAA